AUAACGUGGCUAAACGUGAUUCCGAACAAUGCAAAAAAUACUGAUUCUUAUCGUGGCGGCGGUUGUCGUCGAGGGACAGAUGCAAGGGAUGGGGAUGGGGAUGGGGGCCGGGAACUUCAACCUGAGCACGCCCCAAGGUAUACAGAGCUUCCUCGCCAUGGAGAACAUCAACCCGUCACAGCUCGUCGUCACCAACUGCGUCGCAAACGGCAAUCCCUGCACCCCGACUGGGAAGCAGUGUUGCUUGAAUCCCGUCAUGAUCUGCCAGCCGGUUGGAUCUGGAGGUAACGCCUGCAUGGUCAGCCCAGCCCAUAGGAAUCACAUUCCGAUGAUACAGCAGAUCCUGCAGACCUUAGGAGUGACAACACAAAAUCCUAUACAAUAGUUUCACAGAUGGAGGUCAAAAUCAAUACGUUUUCAUCUUUAUAUUUUACCAGAAAAUGUGUAUGCUCGGUUAUACAAAAGGCGCGUCAGUUUCAUGUAAGUUUUGAAGAAAACAAACUUCUUUUAAACCAUUAUAUCACAAUACGAAAUUUAGAGCUUCAAUUUUAAAAAAUAUUAGUCUGUUGAUUCCAGAUUGUUAUGUUGAUGGUUGUUCGUUUUCGAAUAAUUUCUGUUAAUGGCAUUUUAAUAAUAUAUCAAAAAAUACAGUUCUACAUGGUAAAUUUUCUUUGAUUCUUAUACGAAUAUAAAAUUGUGAUUGUUAUUGUUAUAUUUAAUA